AGUGGUCCCCCUCCUCUACAUAAUUGAACUCUUCUUCUUCACCAAAAUCCAAAACACAAUGACGCAGUUUUGGCAACUCCAUUGACCAAAAUCAUCACCUUCUUUAGCCGGCAUUCCAAAACCACACACACAAUCUUCACAAUUAAUUUCUUCUCUUCUUAUUCUUCCACAUUGCUGAAUGAGAUUCUCUUUUAUGGUUUCAGAUCCGUGAAUGGUUAUGAUGUCAAGAGAGAUUGGUGAAUUAGACAAGUUUAUUUUGUAGUGUUUCGGUUUGGCAAAUGGCAAGAGACCUGUUAGAUUUGUUCUCCAUGAAAAACUGGAGGUUUUCUUCUUGGUCUCUUGCCGCAACAAUUGCUUCGGCUCUGGUAUUGGUUUCUGUAGUUCAUCUCUUCUUGUUCCCUUUGACGCCUUCUUUUAAUUAUUUUAAGCUAGCUUCAGAUUCCUGCAUUUCAACUAAUGCAUCAGAAGAAUUGAUAAGUAAGCAUGGGUGGGAUGAACCUGCAAUUGAUUUGAAGCAUCAGUUUCCAGCUGAUUUGCACGGUUCGGUUGCUUAUAAGGGUGCACCGUGGAAGGCUGAGAUGGGUCGGUGGCUUGCAGGUUGUGAUUCUAUUACAAAGGAAGUCAACAUUUCUGAGGUGAUAAGUGAUAUUCUAAUUCUUGGUUUAUCUUUUCCUCUUUUUUGUUUCUUGUCUUUCUAGGUUGCUAUUUCAGAGGUUUCGUGUUAGUUUUUUUUGCUAAAGUUAUAUGGUUGUUAUUGGCAUUGAGUUAAUCUCUGGUUACCAAAAGUAAAAUUGUACUGCUUGAUAAUAUGAUUGGUUACAGAUAUUAGGUGGCAAUAACUGCAAAAAUGACUGCAGUGGUCAGGGUGUUUGUAAUCGAGAGUUGGGACAAUGUCGAUGCUUUCAUGGUUAUGCUGGAGAUGGAUGCACCAACAAUCUGGAGCUGGAAUGCAACUUCCCAGGAUCACCAGAGGAGCCAUUUGGGCGAUGGGUUGUAUCAAUUUGCCCAGCCAACUGCGACAAAACAAGAGCUAUGUGCUUCUGUGGAGAAGGAACCAAAUAUCCAUCUCGACCACUGGCAGAGACAUUCCACCUUCAGAACCUGAUGGUCCCAAAAUAGUGAAUUGGACAAAAGUUGAUCAAGAUGUGUUCACAACUAAUGGUAGUAUACAAGGUUGGUGUAAUGUAGACCCAACUGAAGCAUAUGCUGGCAAGAUAAAAUUCAAAGAGGAAUGUGAUUGCAAAUAUGAUGGACUUUGGGGCCGAUUUUGUGAAGUGCCUGUUGAAUCUGUUUGCAUUAAUCAGUGCUCUGGACAUGGUCAUUGUCGUGGUGGAUUUUGCCAGUGUGAUAAUGGCUGGUAUGGAGCAGAUUGCAGCACUCCAUCUGUGAUAUCUUCUAUAAGAGACUGGCCUAGUUGGCUUCGUCCUGCUUGGGUUGAUGUUCCUGACAGUGAAAAAUUAAUCAAUCUUAAUGUUGUGGUGGCAAAGAAAAGGCCACUUAUAUAUAUUUAUGAUUUGCCUCCCAAGUACAACAGCCUACUAUUGGAGGGCCGUCAUUUCAAGUUAGAGUGUGUAAAUAGAAUUUAUGACGACAAUAAUGCAACAAUAUGGACAGAGCACCUGUACGGAGCUCAGAUGGCAAUUUAUGAGAGUUUGUUAGCUAGUCCUCAUCGAACUCUAAAUGGUGAAGAAGCAGAUUUUUUCUUUGUUCCUGUUCUUGAUUCAUGCAUCAUAACUCGUGCUGAUGAUGCUCCUCACUUGAGUAUGCAGAGGCAUCAGGGGUUGAGGAGCUCACUUACUUUGGAAUAUUAUCAGAAUGCAUAUUAUCACAUUGUUGAUCAAUAUCCUUACUGGAAUCGCUCAUCAGGAAGGGACCACAUCUGGUUUUUUUCAUGGGAUGAAGGUGCUUGUUAUGCCCCUAAAGAAAUAUGGAACAGCAUGAUGUUAGUGCACUGGGGAAACACAAAUACAAAACAUAACCAUUCAACCACAGCCUAUUGGGCUGAUAACUGGGAUAAGAUUUCAACUAAAAUAAGAGGCAUUCAUCCAUGCUUUGACCCUGAAAAAGAUCUCGUGCUUCCUGCUUGGAAAGUUCCUGAUGCUAACGUGUUGGCUUCGAAAUUUUGGGCUUGGCCCCGUGAAAAGCGGAAGACACUGUUUUUCUUCAAUGGUAACUUGGGACCAGCUUACCCUCAUGGAAGACCAGAAGACUCGUAUAGUAUGGGUAUAAGACAGAAGUUGGCUGAAGAAUUUGGAUCAAGCCCCAACAAGGAUGGAAAACUAGGGAAACAACAUGCAGAAGAUGUCACUGUGACCCCAGUACGUUCUGAUAACUAUCAUGCAGAUAUAGCAAGCUCUAUUUUCUGUGGAGUGCUUCCUGGUGAUGGUUGGAGUGGGCGCAUGGAAGACAGUGUUUUGCAAGGAUGCAUUCCUGUGGUCAUUCAGGAUGGGAUUUUCUUACCAUACGAAAAUGUACUCAACUAUGAUAGCUUUGCUGUUCGAAUAUCAGAAGAUGAAAUUCCUAACAUGAUAAAGAUUCUUCGGGGGUUCAAUGAUACAGAAAUCAAUUUGAAGCUAGCAAAUGUUCAAAAAAUCUGGCAAAGAUUCGUGUAUCGUGAUUCUAUUUUGCUUGAAGCUGAAAGGCAAAAAUCUGCUUUUGGGCAUGUUGAUGAUUGGGCAGUUGAAUUUUUAAAAUUGACAGAGGAUGAUGUCACCACCACUUUAAUACAGGUUUUGCAUUACAAGUUAUACAAUGACCCUUGGAGGAAACAAGUUCGCCACAACAAGAAGUUUGGAUUACCUAACCAGUGUGUGGUAAAUACCAACUGAGGAAGUCAUAAGGGAAUGAAUUACAUGAGUAAAGGUUAAAUAUGUAAAGCAAGGUGAAGGUCAAGUUACUAAGAGAUGUCACUUUCUUCUGUGCAGUAAACCAUUCAAUCAGAGUGGACACACAUUAUUCUUUUUCUCCUCAGAUAAAAUGUCUGUAUCUAUAAGUGUAUCUUGUCUUGAGUUAUUUUGCAUUUGUCUCAUAGGCCGUCACACCGUGAAAUUGUAAAAUAACUAGUGCAUGUGCCCGGUUUGAUGCACAACAUUUGUUUAUUUUUUAGCAUAUUUAAUUAAUUAAUAUUUUUUAUACGAUAAAAAACUAGUUAUGGAGGAAAUAGCUUCUGAAUAAUCUACGUCGUAUUUGAGUUAU